CAGUGCCGUUAACUUCGACAGAAACCAUUAGUAAACGUUUAAGAAAUAUGUUGAGCAUUUUUGUUGUAUAGAUUUGAAUAAAAGCAUUCAUUGUCUGUGAAUGAUGCACUCUCGUAUAUUAUUUCGUCCAUUAAUAUAAAAAAAAAACACAUAACUGGUGAAAAACAAAUAGCAUAAAUCGUAUUGCAGCCCGGCAAACUGCAAUUUCAAAACAAUCAACAAAGUGCAAAGUGCACAAAGAAUUUUCAUAACGAUGUCGAAUAAUUCAAGAAAUUCGCUGACCAUAUUAAGUCUUAUUGAUGCGGGCAAUUUCGGUUGUAUCCAUUUGGCAUGUAAAAAUGGGGGUAUAGAUGAUGGAUUGUUAUAUGCAGUCAAGACCAUUACUCCAGAUCCGAAAUUCGACUACUCACAUCAGCAUAGAAUUUGUCGUAAUGAAUUCAGAACGCUCAAAUUGGUGCAUGAUGUUCCAUUCUUCAUUCAAUUGAAGUAUGCAAGCAAAACACGUCAUGCAUAUCAUUUUGUUAUGGAUUACAUAUUAGAUGGUAAUUUAUUUAACCACCUACAAGCGGGCGUAUUGACAUUAAAAGAAAUGAAAGUUUGUUGUGCGGAAAUUAUAUUGGCCAUUGAGUACCUACAUCGUUAUCGUAUCGUAUAUCGUGAUUUAAAGCUGGAAAAUGUUCUAAUCGCUGGUGAUGGUCAUAUUUUACUAACCGAUUUUGGUUUGGCACAAAAAAUUAACAAAAACGAGCGGCUACAAGGCGAAGCUGGCACUUUGGCAUAUUUUGCUCCCGAAAUGUUAAGCGAUAACGGUCAUAGCUUCGAAGUUGACUGGUGGUCAUUGGGUAUUGUGGCAUUCGAAUUAUUAGUGGGCCAUUCACCGUUUUUGUCGUCAAGUAAGAGAAUCGACGAUCAAACACAUCGUAGUCGCAUUAAAAAUGAAUCACCUUAUCUAAAAAAAUUGAGUUACCUUGGUCCAAAUGCGAAGAGCGUAAUGGAUUUUAUCCAACAAUUGUUAAUCAAAAAUCCUGCACAACGAUUGGGAGCCGGUCAUGAUGGAUAUGAAGCCGUGAAAAAGCAUGCAUUUUUCAGUCAAUUAAAUUGGACGAUGGUUAAAUUGAAGAAAUACAGUUGCAUCGAAAGAAAGCAACCAGGACAAUAUGUUAAAAUUAGGUAUACAAAACACUGCGAACUUUCACUCGAAGAACCCAAAGAAAAUAGACGAAAAGAAUUUUAUUACGUUGCACCCGAAUUUCAAGAAGAAGAUGACUUCUUUGGAUUCACCGAAGAUGAUAUUAGCGCGUUGAGUAGUAAAAUUCCAUUGGAAGCGCCAAUGUGUAAUAUUCAACUUAGAUCGGAUCUCCUUAUCGUUACAAAUAAGCCGACCGAAGUAAUUAAGCAAAUGAUUCUACCGAAAAUGACAUUCAAUGAAGCAUUGCAGGAAAAUACGGCUAUGAUUGUUGAUGACGAUGAACCGAAUGAUGAAAAUGUACCAAAUCGAAGUGACGACGACAAAGUACGGCGCAGCAACCGUACACCGAAACGUAACCGCCGUUUUUCAAUGAUAUUUUGAAUGACUAUUUAUUUAUAACAAUAUUAACGACUAAUUUUUCUUGGAUAAUUUAAGAGAUUUAAAUUAUUUCAAAAUAAGACACAUUUUUUUAACAAAACAUAUUUAUUGAAAAUGAAAAAAAAAAAAGAUUGAAGACAUAUUUUUUUGUAUUUAUUGCCGCAAGAGGCUGCGAGUAUGAC